CUUUGUUCUCUGUGUUCCUUUCCUCUGCAGAUAUGAGUGACCCUAAGUAUGCUUAUCCUUACCCUGCUCAACCUUACCCUGCUCAACCUUAUCCUGCUCAACCCUAUCCUGCGCAAGGGUAUUAUCAAGGACCCCCAGUAAUGGCACCUCCACAGUACGCAGCACCACCACCCAGGCGAGAGCCGGGUUUCCUUGAAGGAUGUCUCGCGGCUUUGUGUUGCUGUUUCCUCAUUGACGAGUGUUGUUGUGACCCUUCAAUCGUCUUUGCCUGCUAGCUAUUAGUUAUAUCGUGUAUUUCCACUGCAAUGAUCCCAUUUCUGUUUAAAAUGUGUGAUAAUGUUUCGUGUGUGAAUGCAUGUUUAAAGAAAAAGCUUGAAGACUAUUCUUGUAGGAUCACUUUGAUUUAAUAUCAGACUUCUUUGUUUUCUUCCUUCAAUCUCUGGUAUUUCUUUUCCCUUCCAGUUCCCUACCCCAUGAUGGAAACAAUAUCCAGUUUCCUGUUUCUGUUUGCCAAUCUGGUUUCCUUCUUCCAUACAGGAGCAAGGGAGAUGUAUUAGUCCGUGGAUGUGGUUUGCCAAGGGAUUGAUUGUAGGUAUUUUAUUUUGGUUCGUUGGAUGAGUGCACCAUAAAACAAAAGAUAGUCAUCAUG